UGACUUACAAGACACAACGCCGAAGCGGAGGCACAUUGCACUCGCUGGCAUGCUCCGCAUUAGUGAAGAUGCGCUCGAGGUGGUGUACGAUGGAUGGGGCGAGUACGACGGACGGGAGGGGUUUGAGAGCGUACGCCUUGCCGAUGGGGAGGAGAUGGUGGCUGGGCCAGCUGUUCCGGUCGAGCUGAACGAGCUGGUCGAGAGUCUGGUGUCCGAUCUCUUAGCUUUCCCGCCGCAUCCGAACUUGUUGGCGGUCAAGGGCGUGGCCGAGGCGGUAGAUGGCGGCCUGCGUGUGCUGAUGGAGUGGACCGACUCGGAGUCGCUGCAGCGAUGGCAGGAGGACGCCGAAGAGGGCAAGAUCAAUCCCGAGUCUGUGCCGGGCAUCGUGGCGGCGGUGGCGCGCGCCAUCGAGGCCGUCCAUGCCUCCGGCGAGGUCCACGGCAAGGUCUGCCCAAAGAACGUGUACUUUGGCAAGGGGCUAGUGCCCAAGCUCCUGCCGUCAUCACUCCUCCGCCCGGAUCCGGAGUUUGCUCUCGGCCGCAUUGUUGUCGAUCGCGACGCGCUGGCGUACGUGGCGCCCGAGGUUGUGACUGGCGGCGAGCUUGGAACGGCGGCCGAUGCGUGGGCGCUGGGCAUCAUGAUCUAUGACCUGUACAACGGCGGGUAUCCGUGGUACGGCCAGCUGGAGGAGCAGAUUUUGGACCGGGUGGCGAACUGCGACCUGCCGCUUGGCCCGCAGCAGAGCUUCCCACCUGCCGCACGCGAGCUCAUUGCCGCGCUCUGUACUCGCGAUCCAGCCGCGAGGCUUGGCGCCGACGGCAUGGCUGCCGUUCUCGACCACCCGUUCUUUUCCGGCGCGUAGGAGUUUGCUGGAGCGGGGCUACGGGAGCGAGACGACAAAGCGGUGCCACGAGGCCUGGUCGUGCGGAACCACACCAGCGACGAGCGGUUCCAGGGCGUCGACGGCGGCACCGGGCACAAUCGCCUUUGAGCUCCAGGCGCGGACGAUCUGGAGGACGUGACCGGAGUUGGCGGCAGCAGCGAGGGCGUGGAUGCG